UAUCGCACUCGUCUGCCAUCCCUAACGGCACGCACUACAAUUUUUUCGUACUUGUUUGGUUAAUUUUUUUAAGGCAGGUAAAUUAAUUAGGAUCAAAUCAGGAUGGGCAAACGGCGGACACAAUCCCUGCUUGACUCGAACUCCAGCGACAGCGACUCGGAGUCGGACACCAAUCUGGAAUCGGACCUCAUGUCGCUGGCCAAGAAGCGGAAGAAGCCACAGGCCACGGCCAAGGCGAGCUCGCGCUCCGACUCAGACUCCGACUGGGCCAACAACAAGGCUGGCGCUCCGUCAUCCAAGAAGAAGAAGCGCCAGAAGAAGGCUAGUCGAGACUCUAGCUCUUCGGAGUCCAACUGGGACGAUGACAGCCAGGAUGAGGAAGAGCAGCGGCCGCAGCCGCAACAGCAACAGCAGAAUCCACCUGCUCAGGCCGAGGUGAAGGCGCCCGUGGAGCAACCGCAGGCGGCACAGCUUAGCGAACAGGAGGAGGGCGAGGUGUCCGACAGCGAUUCCGACAAGUCUAAAUCCAAUUCCUCCUCCUCCGGCUCCGACUCGUCCAGCUCCUCGUCCUCCAGCUCAGAUUCCGAGUUCGACGAUGGCUUCGAUGACGACCUCAUGGGCGACGAGGAGGACCGGAAGCGACUCAACGGCCUGUCAGAAAAGGAGCGCGAAACAGAGAUCUACAAGCGCAUUGAGCAGCGCGAGAUCAUGCGCACUCGGUGGGAAAUCGAACGCAAGCUAAAGCUAGCCAGGCGGGGCGAGAAAAACCAGGAGAAGUCCAAGACAAAGGGCGAGCGGGCCAAGAAGAAGAAGGAGAAGCGCGAGAAAAAGGCGAAGAAGGCCAGAGAAGCGCAGCCUCCCUCACAGCCUCAGGCCUCCACAUCUGCGCUGUCAGAGGCAGAACCCAAGACUAGCGUCGAGGUGAGGUCCGCGAGUCCGCUAUCCUCGCCAACCCACAACCGAGAGAUGGCAUCCACCUCGGCGGCAGUGGCUAGCAUUCUGCAAGAGGAUCAGGGAGCUGCUGCCGGAGUGGCCGAUUACUUUGAUCACAAGGAGCGGUCCAAGGAGCGAAAGAAGAACGUUGAAGCCAACAAGACGGACGAUAAGAGGAGCAAUGCCAUGGCCUUGCUGAAGGCCAAGCGUGAGGGCAAAGCCAAGAGGGAGGAAGAGGAAGCCAAGCGUAUGGCUGAAAGGGAUCGGGAUGAGGACAAGGAGGAGCUGGAAAGCGUCUCUGGCUGCAAAUCAGCCGUUAAGCUGAAAGCCUCUGAGAUCUACUCCGACGACUCGGGCAGCAGUGAUUGGGAUGAGGAGGAGAAGCCCACCGGUAAACGGUCAAGAUCCAACAGUAGCAAAGCCUCGAGCGAAUCUGAGGAUGACGAGAAGGCCCCCAAGAGUCCCGUGUUUAUAACCACCCGCGAGGAUCUGAACAAGCUGCGCCUUUCGCGCUACAAAAUGGAGCGUUUUGUGAACUUGCCCAUCUUCGAGAGCACCGUGCUCAACUGCUUUGUGCGGAUCAGCAUUGGGAACAAUGGCCAGAAGCCUGUGUACCGCGUGGCCGAAAUUGUGGGCGUCGUGGAGACGGGUAAGAUCUACAGCCUGGGGACCACACGCACCAAUCGCGGACUGCGACUCAAGCAUGGAACACAGGAGAGGGUGUUUCGACUGGAAUUCAUCUCGAACCAGGAGUUCACCGAGAACGAGUUUAACAAGUGGCACGAGGUGUGCCAGCAGUCGCAUGUCCAAAUGCCCACCAUCGACCUCAUUGCGAUCAAGCAGGCGGACAUCAAGAAAGCGCUGAACUACGAGUUCAAGGACGAGGACGUGGACAAGAUUGUGGAGGAAAAGAAUCGCUUCCGCAACCGGCCCACGAAUUACGCUAUGAAGAAGACGUGCCUGAUGAAGGAGCGCGAUGCGGCCAUGCUAAGAGGUGACUACGAUAUUGCCCAGGAUCUGGGCACGCAGAUCGAUGAGCUGGAGAGCCGGGCCUCCGAGUUGGACAAGCGGAGAUCGCAUACGCUGAACCUCAUCUCCUACAUCAACGAUCGCAACCGAAAAAAGAACGUGCAGGAUGCCGAGAAAGCGAUUAUGGAGGAGGCGCGGGCCAACAAGGGCCAGAAGAUUUCGGACCCCUUCACGCGACGAAUCACUCAGCCACGCAUGGGCUUCAAGGGUACCAAGAAGGACGACGAGGACAUGCUGCAGGCGCCGCUGCCACCGCCACCGCCGGGAAAAAAGCGGCCCAGCGAGGCAGGCCCGUCGAGUGCCAAUGCCAGGCCGACAGACUCCAAGGACUACAGCCUUUACUCACUGCAUGACUUUGACAUCGACUUGGAUGUGCCGCUGCCGGUAAGUACGAAUGCAGUGCCAAAGCCGGCCAAUAAACCAGCGGAGACCGUCUCGAAGCGGUCCCUGAACCUGGAGGACUACAAGAAGAAGCGCGGCCUUAUCUAGGAACUGCACUACACAUACUGACAACGCCUCACACGUUUGUGUCCUAGUUGAGUGUAGUGCCUACAAUUGACCACAGCGAACAUUUGUUAAUGCAACGACCAUUAUCCCAAACCAAGCGAUGGGCGGCAGAUCCACUUUGCGUUUUAGUUACAGUUUAAAUAUGUGCGUAUCCCGAUCGGGGAUACACUUCCUGUUUGUGUUUGUACGGUAAGAAUCACUUAACUUAGCGAAAAUUCACAAGGCCAGCAGCACAGCGCAAUGCAGACAGACAAACGAACAGCAGUUAGAAUUCCUAUGCAAAUAGGGAACUCAUUACAUAAUAAAAUUAGAUUGAUAAUGUUCUAUUGUAAUUUUAAUAGCGGUUAAGUUCAAAAGUUGUAUUACAGCCCAGCCCGAUUAUAUAUAUAUAUAUUCAAGCCGAUGUUUAAUAAAUUAAAAACUAACAUAAUUUAUACAGGACUAGCUAACACAGCGAAAACUCAAUUGUUUACUCAGGCAGGAGAUUCCAAGGACAAUUAUACAUAAAACAGGCUGAUUAAUCGGGAUGCGAGAUAUGUAUCCGUUGGUUGUAACCGUUCAAUGCUGUAUUAACUUUAGGCAAGGUUCAUGUAGCAACAGCAUUCACAUACUUAAAUAUACACAUAUACAUAAAUAAUUAUUAUUUAUAAUAAAGAAAGCAACCAGCCGUUGUCGGUGGAGUUAAAUAUAGAAAUAAUCAAUUCAAAAA